GUUGGCUCCUUCUGGAUGCGUGUAGUGUGGUGUGGUUAUCCUCACGGUUGUCAGGUGGCUGACAGUUCCUCAGUUGUCAUUUCUGAAUUUCCAUUUUGUACGAUAGAGCUGCAACUUUUCGUUCCAGAAUUUUGUGGAGAAACAAUAAAAUCUUGGGAAAAUUCGAUGAGGAAAUCAUCUGUAUAACGCAUCAGUUUUAUCUGGACGGAGCCGCAAGCAACAAUAGCAAGAAUGUCCUUAAAUACUGCGCAAUUGAAUGGUGGAGUGCUGAUUCAUAAUGGGGAACAGAUUCUUCUCUUCUCCGAAGACGUCAGCUUAGAAUGGUCAGGACAGGAAGGAGGUGCCUUCAAAGGCACCAAGAAGGGUAGCAUAUACCUGACAACGCAUCGGGUUAUAUUUCUCAACAAAACUACUUCAGAUGAACUGCAAAGCUUCAGCUUUCCUUUUGUUACACUCAGUGAGGUAGAGAUAGAGCAACCUGUUUUUGGAGCAAACUAUAUCAAAGGAAAAGUACGAGCACAACCAAAUGGUAACUGGGUUGGAGAAGCGAAGUUCAAGCUGACUUUUAAAAGUGGUGGGGCUAUAGAAUUUGGACAGUCUAUGCUGAAAGCUGCUCAUCUUGCCACUAGAGGGGGAAUGCAAGCGCCACCUCCACCAUAUGUUCCUCCACAGAACCAGUGGUAUGCUGCACCACCUCCAGCUUAUGCACCACCUCCUCAAGGUUACUAUGGCUGGGUGCCCCCGACCAAUGUAUUUCCAUCAUCUCCACCAGCUGGUGCAGUCUUCAUGACUGACAACCCACCUCCGUACCCGGGUAUAGUUCCUGGAUAUCAGGGGGGUCCUCCUGGAUACCCAGCGCAGGCUCCUCCCGGGUAUCCUGGACCACCCGGUUACCCUGGACAACCGGGACCUACCACAAACAACUUUCAGCAGGGAGCGCAUGGAAACACGAGUGCUGCAGAUGCUAAGGCAGCUGAAGCAGCACAAUCAGCUUACUAUGACCCGAAUCGGCCACAAAUGGCUUAUGUACCACCACCAGCAUACUAUGUGAGUUUUAUAUAAUACUUUAUUUCCUAUAUAGUUUGAUACGCAUACUGUUGGCAGAUCAGUUACCUACACUGGACAAAAUUAGUUGUUUAUGAAGAAUUCAGCAGACAUUUUGCAGGGUAGUUCAGAAGAAGUGUUAAAAUCUUAUUAGAUGUUUGUUUCACUACGAUAGAAUUUAUGAGCUGAAAAAGCAUAGCAUAACAUUUUUUAGUGUCCAUUUCCCAAAAUUGAAGAAAAUUUUCUCUUGGAUACCCAUAAUUAUGUCCUGAAAUAUUUUUGCAAUGUUACCAUAUGAGCUACAGACAAAGGUACAGAUACAAAUUUUCCGCACAAAUUUGGCUUAAUGCCGAAUCUAUAGUCCAUUUCAUACUAUGAAAACCAAAGUAAUAAUAUGGUGCUGUUUAGAAGUUACAGAUUUACAAAAAGAAGCCAUAUUGAAUUUUGCUUUGCUGCCUGAACGCCGAACCAAAUUUGUCUGACAGCUUCAGUUCAACGUGUAUGCGAGAAGUGUGUGUCAACACCAGAAAAUAUUGCCACAGGCACAAUAAGGUUACUGUCAAACCUAAGAAGGAGGUCUGUUUGAACGUUUAAUUUAAUAUACUAAGUGACAUAUAAAUCCGAACACCCAGUUUAAAUGGUUUUAUUUUAAUAAAUUUUGUAUAAGUACUUAAUGAAGCAUAAUAAGUAAAUGAUAAAUUCAAAAUGAUUGCACUGCUUUAAAGCCCUUUGAC